AACACACUUUUGUGGUCCACAUAUUCAUUCUAUUUAUUUACCCUUAAGUUUUUUUCUAUUUAUAUACCAAAGGUUGUUGUAGUCUUCUCCUUGACUUCACCAUAAACCUUCUUCUAAGUCAUUAAAUAAUCUCUAUCUUUCACACCUAUCACUUAUGGAUGAAAGUUGGGGUGAGGGAAAGAGAAACUAUGAAAAUGAUUAUGAAGAAGAAGAAGAAGAGCAAGAUUUGAGUUAUGGAGAUGGAAAGAAGAAAAGAGUUGUGAAUGAUGGUUACAACAAGAAAGGAUCUAAAGCUGGUGGAUCAGUGCCACCUUGUUGUCAAGUUGAUAAUUGUAAUGUUGAUCUAAGUGGUGCUAAGCAAUACCAUAAACGUCAUAAGGUUUGUGAAAACCAUUCUAAGGCUCAUUCCGUACUCAUUUCAGAGCUUCAACAAAGGUUUUGCCAGCAAUGUAGCAGGUUUCAUGACCUAUCAGAAUUUGAUGACUUAAAAAGAAGUUGUAGAAGGCGUUUGGCUGGACAUAAUGAGAGGCGUCGCAAAAGUGCAUCGGAUUAUCAGGGAGAAGUUCAUUAAUGAGUAGAUGUUGAGCAGCAUAUAUAUAUAUAUAUAUAUAUAGUUGAAAUAAAUCAAGAAUCCUACGUAUUUAAAUCGGUGAUAUUUGUGGAAGCUCUCUCUCUUCUGUCAUCAACCUCUAUUUUGUUAUGCUAUGUUUACUUCUCGGAGUUAUCUACCAGAAUUGUUUUACCUGAAAUUAUAAAUAAAAAAAAAUCUUGCUUGAGUUCAUGCCUUUGUAAGUGUAUUUGUGUUUCUUUCUUGUUCUUAUUGUUCCAUUUUUUUUAUCAUGGAUUUCUCUCCAACUUGUACUUUUUGUCCAUUAAUGAUGUGCCAUUCCAAGUUA